UUUAUAGCGGGAACACAAGCACGAUCGAGAAAUCGGUUUGAGAUUUCGACCCCGACUCCCUCUGGUGUCGCCGAGAGAUUAGCGCAAACUUUAGCCACGGCACAUUGACUGCUUGCGGGGGGAGAGAUAUGGCAUUUGAUUGCGGGGUAUUUCAAAAGUUAAAACGAGCAAGAAGCGUCCAAGAGCCUAAACAUUUGGAAGGAAACACUAUGACGACUGCCAACGAUGACGUUACCAAAUCAAUGGCUUCAGAGCUAACCUUCAGACCACCAAUGACGUCAGAAAACAGGGUUUCCAAGUUCUGCCGCAGCCCUGAUUGGUCAGAAUUUGAGGGCAUGUUCGCAACUGAUUUCCUUAAGUCUGGCGGUUCGGAGAAGAUGUGCCGCUUCCUCCACGAAAUAGCUGACGUCCUGCAACAGUAUCUGGUGAAACAAAAAGACAGAGGAGGAAAGGUCCUUGAUUUCCACCAUCCUCACCAACUCCGCGAGAUGAUGGCGCACUGUCUCGACAUCCACGAGAGUCCACGAGAUCUGGAGCAGAUACUCAGCGACUGCAAAGAGACGCUAAAGUACUGUGUUAAAUCAGGUCAUCCCAGAUUUCUCAAUCAGCUUGGAACCGGAGUGGAUGUUAUUGGCGUCGCCGGGGAGUGGCUUGCUGCAACAGCCAACAGUAACAUGUUUACGUAUGAAGUUGCUCCUGUGUUUACGCUUAUGGAAGAAAUAAUACUGCAGCGAAUGCGCAGCCUUGUUGGAUGGGAAGAAGGUGACGGAAUAUUUGCUCCCGGUGGCGCUGUUUCCAACUUUUAUGGGGUUUUGAUGGCGCGGCACCGCACAUAUCCGGACGUGAAGAAAGACGGGAUGGUUGGCAUCACACAACCGGUGUUGUUUGUGUCUGAACAGAGCCAUUAUUCUCUGAGGAGAGCAGCUGGACUUCUGGGAAUUGGUACCAACAAUGUGAUAUCAGUUAAAUGUGACCAAAGGGGUAAGAUGAUCAUUGAAGACCUGGAAAAGAAGAUCAACUUGGCCAAACAGGAUGGCAAGAGACCUAUGCUUGUCAACGCAACUUGUGGGACAACUGUGUUUGGAGCUUAUGACCCGGUGGAAGCAAUUGCGGACAUUUGUGAAAAAUAUGAAAUGUGGUUGCACAUCGAUGCAGCAUGGGGAGGAUCGGCUUUGCUUUCUCGCAAACACAGACAUCUUCUACAGGGCGCACACAGAGCUGACUCAUUGACAUGGAAUCCACACAAGAUGAUGGGUGUACCCCUCCAAUGCUCAGCCAUUCUCACGAAGCACAAGGGUCUUCUUCUCGCUGCCAACCAAUCCAAUGCGGCGUACCUGUUUCAAAAGGACAAGCUGUAUGAUGUGAGCUACGACACUGGUGACAAGACUGUUCAGUGUGGCCGACACAACGACAUCUUCAAACUUUGGCUCAUGUGGAGAUCCAAGGGUGAUGAAGGGUUUGAGGAUCAAAUGGAUCGUAACUUUGAGCUAGCAAAAUAUCUUCUUGGGAAAGUGAAAGACAGGGAAGGCUUCCACCUUAUCCUUGACGAGAUUGAAGGACCUAAUGUGUGUUUCUGGUAUAUCCCACAAAAAUGGCGAUCCUUAAAACGAGAGGAAAUACCUGAUGAGGAUCUCCAUAAGGUUGCACCAGCCAUAAAAGCACGGAUGAUGGAAUCCGGAACAGUGAUGGUCCAAUAUCAACCGUUAAACACGAUGCCAAACUUCUUCCGGGUCGCCAUUUCCAACAUGGCCGUUAGCACACGUGACCUGGACUUCUUGCUGGAUGAGAUCGAAUGUCUCGGGCGAGAUCUAAAUCUGUGAUCUUCUUCCUGCACCAGGAGAGAAAUUCAAGUGAAUGCUCACACAUGAGCAGGGACUGGGAACCAUAUCCACUGAUGGCGUUGAUUUACUACAGUUUCCAGAUGACCCGUUCUGUGUGAUACUUGUGAACGCGAUGCCACAUUCGAGGUCUAGGGAAGGAUGUUAGUGAGCGUAAUUAAACCUGAUUGCGUUGAAAAGCAUUCUCUAACUUGAUGUGAUCCUAUAGACUUUGCAUCGGUAGCAGUUGGAGAAGAGAUAGUAAAUGAUUAUGUGUAAUUAGAGCAUGUAAGUGCCAUUAGAACCAUCUCCCAUUGGCAUUAACAACUUAGGCACAAUCGUCAUGGCACAAGUACACGUUGCUAUAGACGACUAGUGGUCAGCUGUUUGAGACUUGUAGUUGGACGUUUUGAUGCUGUGGUAAUUGUAUGGUCUUGCUCACUAGAAGACGUGGUUGACUUGGUAAUUUAUAUUUUGAGCUUGCUCUUAUCAAGACAUGCAGUUAAGCGCAUGAACAUUGCAAGUAGAUUCAUUAUCACAGAACCGUAUUAUUUGAAAUCGAGUUAAGUUCAAAAGGCAUCCACCAUCAUUCUGGAUUAUCAUUUCUACAUUAUUCACGAUUUCCCAGGAAAACGAUACGAGAGUUACUAGGACCCCAUACAUUGGCAUAUAUACACGCUGAGAGAGAUUUAUGUACUUGUGACGUCAUGACAUAACUGGAAUGAUGUUCAAAGAGGCGUUAAAACUAACUCACUAACUCAACUUAUGUAUGUAUAUCAUCACGUUACACAACUGCACAACUGAAUCAAACAUUUGCCUUCGGGAAACAGGGUCAAGCCGGCAUGAAACUGGUCACCGAACUGAUUAAAAAAGUUGUGUCUUAUGUUUAUUUCUAUUGAUUUUAUAUACUUCCCUAUACAGGUCACCUUGAUGUGCUAAGUGUUUUAUUAGCCAUUUGUUUUUAUGUUACCAUGUCUUCUGUGCGUAAAAGAUAAACACCAAUAUCAACCUUGAUUGAUUCAUCAAUUAUGCACUUCUCGGAAUUCCCAUUUUGUUACAAUGUCAGUAGAUUCCCGUUGAGAAUUUAUCGCCAAUUAUUCAGCUUAUUUUCUUAUUUCAGUACUUGCGUGCCAUGUCGUUCAUAGUUUUGUCAAGGUUAAAUAACAUCAGCUCCCAGAUAACACUUCAUUGUUGAUAACACUUGCUUAGAUGAUGAUCGAUGUUAUCUGAAAUUAUCAUAAUGUAUGUGAAUGUACAGUGUAGUUGUGGAUAGGGUAUA